UACAACUCUUCUUAUGGUUGGACAAGCAGAAUAUUUGGAAUCUGCCAGCAGCCUUAGCAUUUUGCUUAUUCUAAAGAUGCAAUAUUCUCAGCAAUCUAUAACUCUCUUCAAAGUUCAAAGAAAAGAAAAGGAAAGAAAAGGAAAGGGGAAAAGGAAAAUAAGAAACGGCGAGCUUCCUGUGGAGAUGGACUUCUACAGUCAUAUUGAUUUUUGACUCCAGGCUACUGGUCAGGUUAAACUGAAGGCAAUAUGUCCUUGUUUUACUUGCAUUGCAUGUCAUCGUCAUGUAGUAGGUUCACUCGGCCAAGACUAUUUGCACUGCUAUAUCCUAGUUUACUUGCAUUGCAUGUAGUGUUGUGGUACUAGGUUAACUUGGCCACGCGGGUAAUUUUCAUAUGGCUCAUGAAUGGUCCUUCCCAAACACAUCACCUGUGAACCGUUUUAAGUGAAACUUUUCAGCUGAUUGCACGAGAAACCCAUAUAUAGUUCCAGCUGUAAUAUAUAUCUCCUGCACUGCAACUACCUCUUUUAAGACAGUUCAUCUUUAAUCGUUCGCUCCAGUCUUACGUCUGCUUCAUCUAAAAUUAUUUUCGCCUGUACGUUCGCUUAAUACAUAUGCCAAUACGUACAUGGAAAAAGAAGAAAAAGCAGCCCUGAAUAGGAGGAAGUGGCCUGCAGGAAAGCUGAACUUAAACGCCCCACUUCUAUCGACGAGGCGAACUAUUGGUGUCAACAGACUGGAGGAUGUGCAAAAUGCAAUUUCGGUUCGCGUUUCUUGGGAUAAAUUCGAGAGGAUACCUUUCUCUUGGGAGCAAACUCCUGGCAAGCCCAAGGAGAUGGGUGAAGAAAGCGACGGCGAGAACGCUGAAGAAAUAAUACCCCCUCCAAAACCACCGCCGGGCUGCCGAUGGCUUCCAACAGAGGAAGAAGCCGAUCCCAAGCGCGAUUCAUGUGAAGGUGAGGCGGAGCGGGGGCAUGAUUAUGAUGAUGGUUGCGAGGGGGACGUGGAGGAUGACGGUGGAGUAGGGGCCCACGAAGAUUGGAAGGGCGGUGAUGGCGUUUCGUCGAACGAGCUGGACAUAUUCUCGUUAGCCCAGUCGGUCGAGACGGUUGACACCUGGAAAGAACUGAGGAGGAAAUUUGGGAUUGGAAAUGGGGAUAUGGAGGAAGGCAUAGGCUGUCAUUCGCCCAGUUUUAUGAUCCAGCGAUUUUUGCCGGACGCCAAAGCAUUGGCUGCUGCGGCAUCAUCAUCAUCAACCAGCCUGAACAAGGACCUAAUUAAUUCAGAUGAUGAGAAGAGGAAGAAGCAUCCUAAAUCAAGCAGCGGUGCCGGCAGAAGGAGAGCUUCCGGAGCUAUUAGGACUGCGACGCAAUCGUGGUCAUAUUCGUCCUGGAAGGGCUGCGGCCUGGAUAUUUUGUUGCCUUGGCGAAUGAAACCCAGGCCAUGCGGGUGUGGGGUGAAGGGUGGACCGGCCAUGGCGGCACUGGCAACAUCUAGACCUCAGUGGAGCGGCAGCAGCAGAAAAUAGUAGUGUAGUGUAGUAGUAACCGGUUUAGCAGUGCAGUAAUCUCUUCAUUUGCGUUUGCGAAUUGCGAUGAUGAAAGUAAGUGCAGAGCCAUAGCCUGGCCGUUGUGUUUGUCGUAGUAAUCUGACACCCGCGGGUUUUAGGCCUGCCCAAAAAAUGCCCACAUAUCUUAGUUGACGAUUUCAAAUCAUAAAAUUUUAGUGAUCUAAUUAUAAACAUUGGAGUCCCUGGAAAAAAUCUGCUGCAGCAAAUCCAACGAGAAAAGUCAAUAGAUGGAUGGACAACUACAGUGAUACAGGAUAUUAAAGAGUUGAAUAGCCUGUUUUAC